AUGUUUCCGGCGGAGGCGUCGUUCGCCGGCGCCGAGGCGGCCAUGCUGCCGCCCUUCUUCGUGGGCUCCAUGUGGCAGUCGGCGCCGGGCGGCGGCGUCGCGGCUGCCUUGUCCGAGGAAGACGAGGUAGCCGCCGCUGCGGCUGCCGAGGCGGCGCACGACCGCGCGGUGGUGGCGACGCGGAACCACCGUGAGGCCGAGAAGCGCCGCCGCGAGCGGAUCAAGUCGCACCUCGACCGCCUCCGCGCCGUCCUCGCCUGCGACCCCAAGAUAGACAAGGCAACGCUGCUGGCCAAGGCGGUAGAGAGAGUGCGGGAGCUGAAGCAGCGCAUGGCCGGCGUCGUCGGCGAGGCGGCCGCGCCGGCGAGCCACCUGUUCCCCACGGAGCACGACGAGAUCGUGGUGCUCGCUUCAGGCGGCGGUGCCGGCGGCGCGGCGGCUGUGUUCGAGGCCUCCCUCUGCUGCGACGACCGCUCCGACCUCCUCCCGGGGCUCAUCGACACGCUGCGCGCGCUCCGCCUCCGCACGCUCCGCGCCGAGAUGGCCACCCUCGGCGGCCGCGUCCGCAACGUGCUCGUCCUCGCGCGCGACGCCGGAGAACACGCUGACGACGACUACUCCUCAUCCUCCGAGGACGGCGGCGCCGACUUCCUCAAGGAGGCUCUGAGGGCCCUCGUGGAGAGGCAGGGGGCUGCCGCGGGCGACCGGCCCAAGAGGAGACGCAUCGCUGACAUGAACAUGCAAGCGGCGGCUUAA